UAUCAAUCAUUCAACAUAGGUUUGAGCGGCGAUUUGCAUUAUUAUCAAAUCGUAUCUAGACCUCAUAUCUGUUAAAUUUUGUUUAUCAAAAUCGCAGUUUCAUCAGUUAUUCGUACACAUUCGAUUCUGUUCGGCAAUGGAUCUGUUGGGAUCGAUAUUAGGUUCUAUGGAUAAACCUCCUACAAGAGACAAGAAAGAAAAAGACACAUAUGAGAAUCAGAAGAGAGCUUAUCAGAAUAUUAAAAAUCGUCAACGAGAGGAAUUAAAUUCUUUCCGGAUAUACGUUGAGGAGCGCUUAGGCCGUCUGAUAAAAGAUAACGCACGAAAAUUUAUGGAAUUUCAACCAUUAGAUCAAGUACACCGAUCUAUCGUCCAUGAUGUUGCAGAGACGGCUGGACUUAUCAGUAUGAGCUUUGGGCUGGAUGUUGAUCGAUAUAUUGUAGUGUACAAAAAAGAGCAUUCGCCAUGCGAAGAUGAAAUGAACGCUCGGAAAAACGGGGAUGUUUGGAACAAAGACACUGCGAAACAGUACGCCGAACAACGCCAGUUGCUGAAAUUGAAGCAGUCUGAAAAUCAGCAAGAGAGAAUAUUUAAAAAAAAUAUCGUGGAAGAAUCCCCAAGUUUUAAUUACCAACAAAAGUACGUUCAUCUUUUCACGAAUUGUCAGGAUGCGGGAAAAACUGAGGCUAACCGGUCAUACGGUUACGUUCCAAGUGACAAUAAAAAAGAUUUAAGGUCAAUCGAGCAAACGAUGGCAGAUAUCAAAGCAAAGAAGAGACAAAAACUUGAGCAUAUUGAUAUUACUGAAAAAAAUUAGCGUCUGAAAAAUUCCAAAAUUACCAUUAUUUCUAUCGAAUUCACACUAUGAUGUGAUGAUGGAAAACAUGUCACUAAUUACCUGGUGGAUGAUUUGUUGCGGUAAUAAGAACAACAAAGUGGUUAUGGUUAGAACCGGAAGAAAUCUUCAAAUGGCGCAUUACUGUGUAUACCCGAUAUUACUUACAAAUAUCUGAAUUAAGAUUAUUUCGUAAAUAAAAUAUAGUACUUCAUUAAUU